UAUGUGCACUCAGAGAUUAUUCUGCUCUAUGGGGGGUGAACUGAACACGGAGACAACUAGUUGCCCCGCGAGCCAGGCGUGUGGCGUGGUUAAUGGUAUCCGGGACUGCUACCCAGUGCAUUACGGCAUCUGUAUGGUCUCUGGUGACCCUCACUAUCUCACCUUUGAUGGGGAGGCCUACGACUUUCAAGGCACCUGUGUGUAUGAACUGGCUGGGCUCUGCUCCAAGCAGGCUGGCCUAGAGCCAUUUGACAUAAUUGUGCAGAACGAUGCCCGUAAUAAGCAGAUUGGUUCAAGCACGAAGCUGGUUGAGGUCACGGUGUACGGAAACACCAUUGUGAUCAGUAAAGACAGACCCGGCGUGGUCACGGUUAAUGGAGAAAUACAGAACCUGCCUGUAAACCUGGAUUCAAACAAGGUGCAGAUCUCCAAGAGCGGUUUCUUUGCUGUGGUGGAGACAGACUUUAGGCUGACGCUGUCCUACGACUGGAACUCUGUGGUGAUGGUGACACUGCCCAGCACCUACAUGGGGGCCAUGUGCGGCCUGUGCGGGAACUUCAACGGGAAUGUGUCCGACGACCUGCUGAUGAAGAACGGUCAGGUGGCAAACACCGGAGCGGAGAUGGGUCAGAGCUGGCGUGUGGCUGAAAUCCCCGGGUGUCUGGACAGCUGCAAAGGCCCCUGCCCCGACUGUGACAUCACCCAGAAGAUUCUGUAUGAGACCAACGACUACUGUGGUCUGCUGAAUGACCUCUCCGGUCCCUUCCGCGAAUGCGUGGCCGUCAUUGACCCAAGCACAUUCUAUCAGGCCUGCCUUUACGAUGUUUGUCUUCACCAGGGAAAAGGGAGCAUGCAAUGCAAGACCCUCACUGCCUACACUGCAGCCUGCCAGGCUAAGGGCAUCACUGUCUACCCCUGGCGUACAGCAGCCCUCUGCAAUAUUCAGUGCACUCCCAACAGCCAUUAUGAGGUUUGUGAUAAGGGUUGCGGUUCCACCUGCCUGAGCAAGACUGCACCCAGUGUCUGUAAAGAGCAGUGCCAGGAGGGGUGUGUCUGCAAUCGUGGCUACGUCCUCAGUGGUGCUCAGUGUGUUCCAGCGGACCAGUGUGGCUGCCAGUACAAAGGCAUGUACUACAAACCGGGCAAGGCAUUCUACCCUGAUGGACUGUGUGCCGAGGAGUGUAUGUGUAAUGGAACAGGGGUGUCAUGCAAGGUGUUUUCCUGUGGUCCAAAUGAAAAGUGUGAUGUGAAGAAUGGGGUCAGGUCCUGCCAAGCCAUCGGACAGGGGGUUUGCUCAAUCUCGGGUGACCCUCAUUAUAACACUUUUGACAAUGCAACUUACAACUUCAUGGGAACCUGCACCUACACAGUCGCUGAGGGCUGCCAUCUUAAUGGUACCCAACUCACCAACUUUGCCGUUGUGGUGGAGAAUGAGAAAUGGUACGACAUAUCAGAUGAUCCCAAAGUGUCUGUGGCCAAGCUGGUGGCUGUGACUGUUUAUGGCUACACCAUAAUCUUACGCAGGGGUCAGAUUGGAUUGGCCAUGGUUAAUGGAGCUAUAAUGAAUAUCCCUUUGAGCAUAGAUGAUGGACUAAUUUCUCUUAAACCGAUCGGUAACAAUUAUGUAAUCUCAACUGAUUUUGGGUUGAAAGUGACCUAUGACCUGGUGUACCAUGUCACUGUCACUGUUCCUGGUAACUACCGUGACAAGACAUGUGGGCUCUGUGGCAAUUUCAAUGGCAACAAGAACGAUGAGUUCCAGCUUCCUGACGGUAAAUUGACAAAAGAUGUGACAACUUUUGGAGCGGCAUGGAAAGUUGGUGUGGAAGGGGUGGUGUGUGACGAUGGCUGCGUUGGUGACAACUGUCCCACAUGUCCAGCAAGUGAGGCCAAAAUCAUUGAAUCUGACUGUUCCAUCAUCACCAACCCCAAGGGACCCUUCGCAGCAUGUCAAGCUGUUCUUGACUCUGAACCAUACUACAGAGACUGUAUCUAUGAUGUUUGUGUAGCUGGCUCCACGUGGCAUACAAAGAUGCUCUGCCACAGCAUUAAUGCCUAUGUCCUUGACUGCCAAGACAUUGGAAUCAAAAUCUUGAAUUGGAGGACAUCCAGCUUCUGUCCCAUGAUCUGUCCAUCAAACAGCCACUACGAGGACUGUGCAUUGCCCUGUCAGACCCCGUGUCCUGGUCUUACCAGUAUCACCUGUGCUGACACCUGUGCUGAAGGCUGUGCUUGCAACACCGGCUACUACUUCAAUGGAACAGGCUGUGUCCUACAGGACGAGUGCAGUUGCUACAUCAACGGGCAGACCAUCAAGAUCGGAGAGACAAUAGUGACACAGAACUGCGAGGAAAGGUACAUUUGCCAAAAAUCAGGGGUGGUCCUGACUGAGCACAUAUCCUGUAACAUCGAUGAGAACUGUGAAGUUCAAAACGGUGUUCGCGGAUGCUAUCCCAAACAGUGUGUCAUGGGAAGCAAUGGGGAUCUCACCACCUUUAAUGGUAUAAAGGGUGAAGCCACCGCCAGUGGAACAUAUGAUCUGGUUAAAGUGUGCGACGACACCCAAACAGAUGGAUGGUUCCGUGUUGUGAUGGACCUGCAGGCCUGUGGUAACAGUAGUCAGAUGACUGCUGUAGGUAUCUUUGCCUUCUUUGAUAGUGCUUUCAUCAUUGUCAACAGCAAGUUUGAAACCAUGGUUAACGGAAAGAUGGCAACUCUGCCCAUCAAGAUGAGUAACGGCGUUUCCAUUCAAAUAACAAACGACCUGCUGGUGAUCGAGAAGAUGUCUGCAGUUGUUGUGUCUUACAGUCGUUCACAGCAGAUCACAGUGACUGUCAGUGACAGUGUGGCCGGCAAUGUGUGCGGCGCAUGUGGAAAACUCACAGAAGAUGCCACCUUCGCUAAAUCCUCUAUACAAAACUAUCUCAAUGGCUAUAGAUCAGCGAUCUUUAAUUUCUGCAACUGAUCUGAAGACGAUCUAGUGAACCCAUCUGAAGACUCCUGUGAACCAAAAUGUAUUGCACAUACUAUGAUUUAUUUCCUAUAAACACACAUUAUUCCUGUUAGCAUAAUUAUGAGCAUAUUUGUAAAACACUUCUCAAUCAAAUAAUGCCUCAGAAAUAUACUUCUUCCUUUAUUAUCAAUAAAUUUCCUCUGUCAUAUAAACUGCAUGACAUUAUUAAAACAUCAGAACUAAUU